UUUAGCUCAUUUCAAUAUGUCCUGUCGUCAAGAUACAGACUGUGUCUGACCGUGAAGCUGAAAUUGUAUAAUCAUUUUUCAGUAGGGUGAAAUUAUUUGCUUUAUAAUAAAUCAGGAAUAAAUGCUGUGCCAUUCGGCAUCACAUGGUGCCAGUAAAACGCCGGAAAACGAGUGAUAACGUGGUGACGCCACCGAACAAAAAAAUCAUAAGAGGCAUCCCAUUCGACUCACACCAGAACAGACCAAACCUUUUUCCUCUCUGGAGUAACAGUUUCACCACGCAGUGGCGAUCAGACGAAUGCUUUAUUUUUGCAAGGCUGCUGAUGAGACGAGUUUCAAAUAGCUGGAUGUAUGUAUAUUUCGAUGCGUUUAUUUUCGCGGAACGCAUUUUCUCGUGACAUGACGGAACAAAGAGGACAUCAGACAAUGUGGGUUUCCUGCUUGAUGCUUCUGAUUUUCAGCCGCGUGUCGGGACAAAUUAGAUACUCUAUCUCGGAGGAAGUAAAGGAAGGUACUGCUGUUGGGAAUAUCGCGAAGGAUUUGGGUCUCGACAGGGCCACGCUGAAAGAAAGAGCCUACCGAAUUGUGCGUGGCACAGCGGAGCCCCCCUUUCGCGUGAAUCAGGAUGACGGCGUCUUGUAUGUGAACGGCAACAUUGACAGAGAACAAGUGUGUGACCGCAGCAAGGUUUGUGUGAUCGAGUUAAAAACCGUCCUGGAAAACCCACUCGAGGUACACUAUGUGGCCGUGGAGGUUGCGGACAUAAACGACCACGCACCAAGCUUCCCGGAGCAGGAAAAGACGUUGGAGAUGUUUGAAUCUGCGCUCCCGGGGGCGAGGCUUCAGCUGCAGGCUGCGCGCGAUGGAGACACGGGCGCCCUGUCCGUGCAACACUACAAGCUAAGCCCCAACGAGCACUUUCGUUUGGAGGUGAAAGAUCGAGGCGAGGAUCGUAAAACGCCCACUUUGGUUCUCCAAAAAUCCCUGGACAGAGAAUCCGUCAAGACUCACGUGUUAUUUUUAACAGCCACGGAUGGGGGAAAACCUCCACUCUCCGGCAACAUGACAAUAAUAGUGGAGGUGUCUGACGUCAAUGAUAAUCCCCCAGUUUUCACUCAGGAGCCAUACAUUGCGUAUUUAAAUGAGAAUUCCGCUCUCGGGACGAUAGUGGUGCGAGUGAACGCAACAGAUUUAGACGAAGGCUCAAAUGGUGAAGUGGUUUAUUCUUUUGGCAAUGACGUGGAUUCCCGCACGCGAGCUCGUUUUAAUUUAAAUCACGUGACAGGGGUGGUGACUGUGGCAGGUCCGAUAGAUUUUGAAGAGUGCGACAAGUACGAGAUAGACAUACAGGCUUCCGAUAAAGCAGUGGCGACACUGUCGACAGACAAAAGUGUCAUCAUCCAUAUUGUUGACAUAAAUGACAACGCUCCUGACAUUGAAGUGACGUCAUUUUCCAACGCGUUGCCAGAAGAUGCAAAAGCGGGGACCACCGUCGCAUUAAUAAGUGUUAAAGAUUUAGAUUCUGGUCUGAAUGGGAAAGUUAUUUGUCAUACAAGUCCAGAUGUUCCCUUCAUGCUGUCGCCAUCCUUACAGAAGAAUAUGUAUUCCCUGGUUACAAGGCAACUUUUGGAUAGAGAACAGCAGGCACAUUUUAGCGUCAAAAUUUUAGCCAAAGAUGCAGGAGACCCAUCUUUAUCCUCGGACAAAACUAUACAAAUUACUGUGUCUGAUGUAAAUGAUAACAGUCCCGAAUUCUCCCAGAGCACAUUUAUAUUUUACAUUAAUGAAAAUAACACUCCUGGCAAUUCUAUUUUAUCGGUGACAGCCCAUGACUAUGAUGAAGGGAGCAAUGCUGUGAUCGAGUAUCAGAUAUUAAGAAAUAGAGGAACUGAUCGUUUGUUCUCCUCCUUUUUGAAUGUUAAUCGUGAAACAGGAGAAGUGUCAGCACUAAAAAGUUUUGACUUUGAGACGGUGAAAAGUUUCCAUUUCCAAGUGGUGGCCACCGAUGGUGGAAGUCCUCCACUGAGCAGCAACGUGACAGUGAAGGUGUUCAUUCUGGAUCAGAACGACAACGCUCCAGUCAUCCUGUAUCCAGUCAGCGCCAACGGUUCUGCCGAAGGGGUGGAGGAAAUUCCCCGGAAUCUCAAAGCAGGAGACUUGGUGACUAAAGUCCGAGCCUAUGAUGCCGAUAUCGGAUAUAACGGCUGGUUGCUGUUUUCGCUGCAGCAAGUCAGCGACCACAGUCUGUUUUCUUUGGACCGAUACACGGGCCAGAUCCGAACACUUCGCUCCUUUACGGAGACGGAUGAGGCUGAGCAUCGAUUGCUCAUCCUGGUCAAAGACAACGGCAACGUGUCACUCUCGGCAACAGCGACUGUGACCAUCAAACUUGUGGAGCCCAAAGAGGCUUUUGCAGCUUCCGACAUCAAAAGUGCAGCAAAAGUGGACGAGGAGGACAACGUGACUUUUUAUCUCAUCGUCACUUUGGGCUCGGUGUCGCUCCUUUUUGUCAUCAGCAUCAUCGUGCUGAUCGCCAUGCAGUGCUCCAAAUCCACACAGUACACGUCCAAAUAUCUGCAAGACGCCAAUUAUGAUGGCACGCUGUGUCACAGCAUCCAGUACAGAUCAGGAGACAAGCGCUACAUGUUAGUCGGACCCAGAAUGAGUAUCGGUUCCACCGUAGUCCCGGGCAGCCAUGCCAACACUCUGGUGCUCCCUGACAGGAGACACACUUCCGGGGAGGUAAGACCGUUAUUUUUUUCUACAUUGGUGGCCACCGAUGGUGGAAGUCCUCCACUGAGCAGCAACGUGACAGUGAAGGUGUUCAUUCUGGAUCAGAACGACAACGCUCCAGUCAUCCUGUAUCCAGUCAGCUCCAACGGUUCUGCCGAAGGGCUGGAGGAGAUUCCCCGGAACCUGAAAGCUGGAGACUUGGUGACUAAAGUCCGAGCCUAUGACGCUGAUAUCGGAUAUAACGGCUGGUUGCUGUUUUCAUUGCAGCAAGUCAGUGACCACAGUCUGUUUUCUUUGGAUCGCUACACGGGCCAGAUCCGAACACUUCGCUCCUUCACGGAGACGGAUGACGCUGAGCAUCGACUGCUCAUCCUGGUGAAAGACAAUGGCAACGUGUCACUAUCGGCAACAGCCACUGUGAUCGUCAAACUUGUGGAGCCCAAAGAGGCUUUUGCAGCUUCCGACGUCAAAAGUGCAGCAAAAGUGGACGAGGAGGACAAUGUGACUUUUUAUCUCAUCAUCACUUUGGGGUCAGUGUCGCUCCUUUUUGUCAUCAGCAUCAUCGUGCUGAUCGCCAUGCAGUGCUCCAAAUCCACAGAGUACACUUCCAAAUAUCUGCAAGACGCCAAUUAUGAUGGCACGCUGUGCCACAGCAUCCAGUACAGAUCAGGAGACAAGCGCUACAUGCUCGUCGGACCCAGAAUGAGUAUCGGUUCGACCGUAGUCCCCGGCAGCCACGCCAACACUCUGGUGCUCCCUGACAGGAGACACACUUCAGGGGAGAAUGGACCAGUGAUGAUUUUCCGUAUCACCAUGGAACAAAGAGGCGCGCAGCAAUGGGCGAGACGCUGCUUGCUCGGGUGCGUGGCUGCGGUGCUUUUGUGUAGCGUGGCUUCGGCGCAAUUAAGAUACUCGAUCUCCGAGGAAGUCGAAGAAGGAAAUGUGGUUGGGAAUGCCGCAAAAGAUCUCGGAUUGGAUAGAAAUACGCUGAAAGAGCGCAAGUAUCGGAUUGUUUCCAGUCGUGCGGAGCCUCUUUUUCACGUGAGUCAGACCGAUGGCGUCCUUUAUGUCAGCAGAAAGAUCGACAGGGAAAAGGAGUGCCCGCAAAGCAGUACAUGUUUGAUCAGCUUAAAAACCGUGCUGGAAAACCCACUGGAGGUCCACUAUGUUGGAGUGGAGGUGCUGGAUAUCAAUGAUCAUAGUCCCAGUUUUCCCGAGGAAGAAACAAAACUCGAUAUUUCAGAGUCAGUGUUGCCUGGAGCAAGAUUUCAGCUACCGGCUUCGAAGGAUGGAGACAGUGGUCCGUAUGCUGUUCAGCAAUAUAAAUUAAGUGACAAUGAACAUUUUCGUCUGGAAGUUAAAGAUAAAGGUAAAGAUGGCAAAAUUCCCAUCUUGGUUGUUAAAAAAUCUUUAGACCGGGAGAAAACGGGGCAUGUUCCGUUAGUGUUAACUGCACUGGAUGGCGGUAGACCUCCAGAAACUGGCGAAAUUAAUAUUUCAAUAAAUGUGUUAGAUGUUAAUGAUAAUGUGCCUGUUUUCUCCAAAGAAGUUUAUUCAGUGACACUCGAUGAAAAUGCUGUAAUUGGAACGACUGUUAUCCAAGUCAAUGCCACUGAUUUAGAUGAAGGCCCAAAUGGAGAUGUAGUUUAUUCUUUCAGCAAGAAUAAUCAAAAUGUAAUGCAUUUAUUUGACAUCUUCAUAAAUACUGGUGAGAUUGUUGUGAAAGGACCUAUAGACUAUGAAGAAAACGACAUAUUUGAAAUUGAAAUCCAGGCAUCAGAUAAAGGCCUUGCUCCACUAACAACAGAAAAAAGUGUCAUCAUCAAGAUAGUCGACGUUAAUGACAAUGCCCCUGAGAUUGAAGUGACAUCAUUUUCCAGUUUGAUUCCCGAAGAUUCCAGACCUGGGACGACCGUUGCUCUCAUCAGUGUGAAUGACUUGGACUCUGGUCUCAACGGGAAAGUGAUUUGCUCCAUCGGUGAGGAUGUUCCUUUUGCUUUGUCGCCAUCAUCACAAGACAAAAUGUAUUCUUUAGUGACCAAAUCACCUUUGGACAGAGAGAAAAAGUCUGAAUAUGGCAUAUCAGUAGUUGCAAGAGACGCUGGUCAACCUGCACUCUCAUCUGAAAAGACAAUCAGUGUUUUCAUUUCAGACGUGAAUGAUAACAGUCCAGAGUUUUCAUCCAGUCCUUAUACGUUUUAUCUUAGUGAGGGCAACAAUGCAGGGGGGCCCAUAUUUUCUGUCAAAGCUUUUGAUAACGAUGAGAAUGAGAAUGCGAAAAUUUCAUAUCAUAUUGUCAGAGAUGGAAGAGGUGACAACAAACUGUCUUCAUUUCUAAGUAUAAAUAGCGAAAAUGGACAAAUAUCAGCUUUAAAAAGUUUUGACUUUGAGACGCUGAAAAGUUUCCAUUUCCAAGUGGUGGCCACCGAUGGUGGAAGUCCUCCACUGAGCAGCAACGUGACAGUGAAGGUGUUCAUUCUGGAUCAGAACGACAACGCUCCAGUCAUCCUGUAUCCAGUCAGCUCCAACGGUUCUGCCGAAGGGGUGGAGGAGAUUCCCCGGAAUCUCAAAGCAGGAGACUUGGUGACUAAAGUCCGAGCCUAUGACGCCGAUAUCGGAUAUAACGGCUGGCUGCUGUUUUCACUGCAGCAAGUCAGCGACCACAGCCUGUUUUCUUUGGACCGAUACACGGGCCAGAUACGAACACUUCGCUCUUUCACGGAGACGGACGAGGCUGAGCAUCGACUGCUCAUCCUGGUCAAAGACAACGGCAACGUUUCACUCUCAGCAACAGCCACCAUGACAGUCAAGCUCGUAGAGCCCAAAGAGGCCUUUGCGGCUUCCGAUGUCAAAAGUGCAGCAAAAGUGGACGAGGAGGACAACGUGACUUUUUAUCUCAUCAUCACUUUGGGCUCGGUGUCGCUCCUUUUUGUUAUCAGCAUCAUCGUGCUGAUCGCCAUGCAGUGCUCCAAAUCCACAGCUUACACUUCCAAAUAUCUGCAAGACGCCAAUUAUGAUGGCACGCUGUGCCACAGCAUCCAGUACAGAUCAGGAGACAAGCGCUACAUGCUCGUCGGACCCAGAAUGAGUAUCGGUUCGACCGUAGUCCCGGGCAGCCACGCCAACACUCUGGUGCUCCCUGACAGGAGACACACUUCCGGGGAGAUGGACGUGAACGACAACAGUCCAGAAUUUUCAUCCAGUCCUUAUACGUUUUAUCUUAGUGAGGGCAACAAUGCAGGGGCCCCCAUAUUUUCUGUCAAAGCUUUUGAUCACGAUGAGAAUGAGAAUGCAAAAAUUUCGUAUCAUAUUCUCAGAGAUGGAAGAGGUGACAACAAACUGUCUUCAUUUCUAAGUAUAAAUAGUGAAAAUGGACAAAUAUCGGCACUAAAAAGCUUUGACUUUGAGACGCUGAAAAGUUUCCAUUUCCAAGUGGUGGCCACCGAUGGUGGAAGUCCUCCACUGAGCAGCAACGUGACAGUGAAGGUGUUCAUUCUGGAUCAGAACGACAACGCUCCAGUCAUCCUUUAUCCAGUCAGCUCCAACGGUUCUGCCGAAGGGGUGGAGGAGAUUCCCCGCAACCUGAAAGCAGGAGACUUGGUGACUAAAGUCCGAGCCUAUGACGCCGAUAUCGGAUAUAACGGCUGGUUGCUGUUUUCGCUGCAGCAAGUCAGCGACCACAGUCUGUUUUCUUUGGACCGCUACACGGGCCAGAUCCGAACACUUCGCUCCUUCACGGAGACGGACGAGGCUGAGCAUCGACUGCUCAUCCUGGUCAAAGACAACGGCAACGUUUCACUCUCAGCAACAGCCACUGUGAUCGUCAAGCUCGUUGAGCCCAAAGAGGCUUUUGCAGCGUCCGACGUCAAAAGUGCAGCAAAAGUGGACGAGGAGGACAAUGUGACUUUUUAUCUCAUCAUCACCUUGGGCUCGGUGUCGCUCCUUUUUGUCAUCAGCAUCAUCGUGCUGAUCGCCAUGCAGUGCUCCAAAUCCACAGAGUACACGUCCAAAUAUCUGCAAGACGCCAAUUAUGAUGGCACGCUGUGUCACAGCAUCCAGUACAGAUCAGGAGACAAGCGCUACAUGCUCGUCGGACCCAGAAUGAGUAUCGGUUCGACCGUAGUCCCGGGCAGCCACGCCAACACUCUGGUGCUCCCUGACAGGAGACACACUUCAGGGGAGUUGUGUUUCAUCAUGGAACAAAGAGGAUGCGAGGCGAGGAGCGCGCAUUUGCGAUGGGUCUACUGCGUGGUUGCUGUGCUUUUGUGGCGUGGCACCUCGGCUCAAUUGAGAUACUCAGUCCCUGAGGAAGUCAAGGAAGGAACUAUCGUCGGAAAUGUUGCGAAAGAUUUGGGAUUAGACAGGAGCACGUUGAAAGAACGGAAAUACCGGAUUGUUUCGAGCGCCACCGAGCCUCUUUUCCGCCUCGGAGAGAAUGAUGGCAUCCUGUACGUAAGCAGGAAGAUUGACCGGGAGGAGGUAUGCGAACGGAGCACUGCGUGUGUAAUUAAUUUAAAAACGGUGCUCGAACACCCGCUGGAGGUGCACUAUGUUGGAGUAGAAGUCGUGGAUAUUAAUGAUCACUCUCCCAAUUUCCCGGGGGAAAUGAAGACUUUGGACAUCCCCGAGUCGGUGCAUCCUGGAAUGCGAAUUCCACUCAAAGCGGCACACGAUGCAGACAGUGGCCCUUUCUCUGUCCAGCAGUAUAAACUUAGCACAAAUGAUCAUUUCCGUUUGGAAAUUAAAGAUAAAGGAGACAAUGAAAAAAUUCCAAUAUUGAUUGUGCAAAAAUAUUUGGACAGGGAGGCAGCCGGAAGUCAUUCAUUAGUGUUAACUGCACUUGAUGGAGGAAAACCUCCCAAAACAGGUGAUAUUAAUAUUUUAAUAAAUGUAUUAGACACUAAUGAUAAUUCGCCUGUUUUCUCUUCAGAUGGAUAUUCUGUGACACUUUAUGAAAAUGCUCCAGUAGGCACAACCAUUAUUCAAGUAAAUGCAACCGACUUAGACGAAGGCCCAAAUGGAGAGGUUGUUUAUGCAUUUAGCAACAGCGUCAGUCAUAGAUUAUUAGAUCUUUUUGGAAUUAAUCAUCUAACAGGCGCAAUAACAGUGAAAGGAAUUAUUGACUUUGAGGAAAAAGACAAAUAUGAUAUUGAAAUCCAAGCGUCAGAUAAAGGUUCCCUACCAUUAACAACAGAAAAAAGUGUCAUCAUCAAGAUCGUUGACGUGAAUGACAAUGCACCUGAGAUUGAAGUGACAUCAUUUUCCAGUUCCAUUCCUGAAGAUUCCAGACCCGGGACAACCGUUGCGCUCAUCAGUGUGAAUGACUUGGACUCUGGUCUCAACGGGAAAGUGAUUUGCUCCAUCGGUGAGGAUGUUCCUUUUGCUUUGUCGCCAUCAUCACAAGACAAAAUGUAUUCUUUAGUGACCAAAUCACCUUUGGACAGAGAGAAAAAGUCCAAAUAUGACAUAUCAGUAGUUGCAAGAGACGCUGGUCAGCCUGCACGCUCAACUGAAAAGACAAUAAGUGUUCUCGUUUCAGAUGUGAAUGAUAACAGUCCAGAAUUUUCAUCCAGUCCUUAUACUUUUUAUCUUAGUGAGGGCAACAAUCCAGGGGCCCCCAUCUUUUCUGUCAAAGCUUUUGAUCAUGAUGAGAACGAGAAUGCUAAAAUUUCGUAUCAUUUUCUCAGAGAUGAAAGAGGCGACAACAAACUGUCAUCAUUUCUAAGUAUAAAUAGUGAAAAUGGACAAAUAUCAGCUUUAAAAAGUUUUGACUUUGAGACGCUGAAAAGUUUCCAUUUCCAAUUGGUGGCCACCGAUGGUGGAAGUCCUCCACUGAGCAGCAACGUGACAGUGAAGGUGUUCAUUCUGGAUCAGAAUGACAACGCUCCAGUCAUCCUGUAUCCAGUCAGCUCCAACGGUUCUGCCGAAGGGGUGGAGGAGAUUCCCCGCAACCUGAAAGCAGGAGACUUGGUGACUAAAGUCCGAGCCUAUGAUGCCGAUAUCGGAUAUAACGGCUGGCUGCUGUUUUCGCUGCAGCAAGUGAGUGACCACAGUCUGUUUUCUUUGGAUCGCUACACUGGCCAGAUCCGAACACUUCGCUCCUUCACGGAGACGGACGAGGCUGAGCAUCGACUGCUCAUCCUGGUCAAAGACAACGGCAACGUUUCACUCUCUGCAACAGCGACUGUGACUGUCAAACUCGUAGAGCCCAAAGAGGCUUUUGCAGCUUCCGAUGUCAAAAGUGCAGCAAACGUGGACGAGGAGGACAACGUGACUUUUUAUCUCAUCGUCACUUUGGGCUCGGUGUCGCUCCUUUUUGUCAUCAGCAUCAUCGUGCUGAUCGCCAUGCAGUGCUCCAAAUCCACAGCUUACACUUCCAAAUAUCUGCAAGAUGCCAAUUAUGAUGGCACGCUGUGUCACAGCAUCCAGUACAGAUCAGGAGACAAGCGCUACAUGCUAGUCGGACCCAGAAUGAGUAUAGGUUCGACCAUAGUCCCGGGCAGCCACGCCAACACUCUGGUGCUCCCUGACAAGAGACACAAUUCCGGGGAGGUAAGACAUAAUCUAUUUGUACCUCUGGUUUAUCUGAAUUUCUUAGAAUUUUUUUUUAAAGGAACAUUUUUUGAGGACUUAAGGUUGAGCCAACAUUUAUCAUUCAAAUUUAGACUAUUCCAAACCAAAGGUUUAUUUUUUGGAGAGUUAACAGCACUAUGACCAAAAUGUUGUCAGACAAA